AUGCAAACGGACGAAUAUGUGAAAAUCGGAUCUCCCGAUCGUAAAGUUAAGUUUGAGGGACUUGGUUCUAGCAGUAACGAAACUUUAGGUGAAUUUACAGUAAAUGUAAAUGUAGAUGAAGAAAACUAUCCAGUUAAGUUUCACGUCGUGGCGGGCGAAAUUUUUAAAUGGGGUUUGCUGCUAGGAACGGAUUUUCUAGAUAAACAUAUUUAUAAAAUAAAUGUGAUCGAUGAAGCUAAGCUAGCACACGAAGACAAACGUCAGGAUCGCGAAAAGCUGAAAAAAUUACCUGAGAAAACCUGUAGUGUACGAAUACAAGCCGAAAUUAUUCUGAAAGACGAUAUUCAAGUGUCGGCCAGGCCGAGAAGAUUAGCUCCGUCGGAGAGAAAUGAAGACGAAAACGUGCGUAAAUUAAAUGACGCAGCAACGCGCGACGAAGACGACGGCAGGAUGUUUAAGUUAGAAUACGUCACCAGUCUUAUAGACUGA